GAGGGGAUUUUGUUACCGGCGGGUGGCGGGAGGCUUUUGAGGCCUACUCGGGCCCGCCUCACCUCAGCGGGCCGCCUUCCCCCGUACCCUCCGGUCCUUUGCCUGAGGAGCGGCGGAAGGAACCCGGAGGCGGAGGGAAAAUAGCCCCGUCCCUAGAUAAUUGGGAUGAAUGGAUGGAGGAGGCGGCUGCGGUGGCGGCUGUGUUGUAGGCCCAGGCGUGGCCCCCUCAGGAUGUGAAAGCCAGCCAGCGCGCCCCAUUGCGGCUUUACUCUGAGAUCCUGACAUGUCUGAUGAAAUAUGCCCCAAAUAAAAUUAAAUGGCAUCACUGUGGACUUCCCAUUUCAACCCUACAAAUGUCAGGAAGAGUACAUGUCUAAAGUGCUGGAAUGCCUUCAAAAGCAAGUGAAUGGGAUUUUAGAGAGUCCCACAGGCACGGGGAAGACACUAUGCCUCCUUUGUGCAUCUCUGGCUUGGCGGGACCACUUCAAAGAUGCCAUCUCUGCACAGAAGAUAGCCCAGCGACUGAAUGGAGCAGAACUCUUCACUGACCGGCCAAUGUCAUCUUGGGGCAGCGCUACCACAGGUGCUGAUAUCCCAGCUUAUUACACUGACGUUCCUAAAAUAAUUUAUGCCUCCAGAACUCAUUCUCAGCUUACUCAGGCCAUCAAUGAAUUAAAGAACACAGUUUACAGGCCAAAGGUAUGUGUAUUGGGUUCCAGAGAGCAGCUGUGCAUCCACCCUGAAGUUAAAAGACAGGAAAAUAACCAUACACAGAUCCACAUGUGCCGUAUGAAGAUAACAACUCGCACAUGUCAUUUCUAUAACAAUGUGGAAGAGAAGAGCACUGAAAAAGACCUGAUCAGCUCCAUCUUGGAUAUUGAAGACCUGGUUAAAAAUGGGAACAAGCACAGAGUUUGCCCUUACUAUCUUUCUCGGAGUUUGAAGCAGCAGGCAGACAUCAUUUUUAUGCCUUACAACUAUUUACUGGACCCAAAGAGUCGAAGAGCUCACAACUUGGACUUGAAGGGGGCUGUAGUGAUACUUGAUGAAGCUCACAAUGUGGAAAAGAUAUGUGAAGAGUUGGCAUCGUUUGACUUGACACCCUAUGACUUAGCUUCAGCUGUGGAUGCCAUUAACAUAGUUCUGGAAGAACAAGUGAAAAACGUUCAGCAGAAUGAAAUCAACUCUGAAUUCAAUGUGGAGCCUGCCAGUUCAGGAUUAAACAUGGAGCUUGAAGACAUUGCAAAGAUAAAGCAGAUUCUUCUUCAGCUAGAAAACGUUAUAGAUGCUGUCGAGCUGCCACCAAGUGGAAGUGGACUCACUAAGGAUGGAAGCUAUAUAUUUGACCUGUUUGAAAAGGUCCAAAUCACAUCCCAAACCCAAGCAUCUCUCCUUGAGUCACUGGAACAAAUCUUACAGUAUUUAGCAGGCCGUACUGGCAUAUUCAUCAAUACAGCUGGGUUGCAUAAAUUUACAGACAUAAUUCAGACUGUUUUUAAUUUCCGUCCAUCAGAAGGCACGUCUAGUUCCAUCCUGGGCUGCUCAGUCUCAAAGUAUUAUAAGGUCCACAUCCAUCUAGAUGCAAGUAAUCAUAAAAAGAAGCAGAGGACAGACCUGUGGAACUCGUUAGCAACUAAAAAACAAGGAAAGGUCUUGAGCUAUUGGUGUUUCAGUCCUGGAUACAGCAUGCACGAGUUAGUGCGUCAGGAAGUCCGAACAAUCAUUCUCACUAGCGGGACACUCUCUCCACUAUCAUCUUUUACUAUGGAAAUGCAGAUUCCCUUCCCAGUUUGUUUGGAAAACCCACACGUUAUCGAUAAACACCAGAUUUGGGUGGGGAUAAUCCCUAAAGGACCUGAUGGUGGUUUGCUGAGUUCCACCUAUGAAAAAAGAUUUUCAUCAGAGUGUCUGUCAUCUCUUGGGAGAACAAUAGGUAAUCUUGUUCGAAUCACACCACAUGGGCUGCUUGUUUUCUUCCCUUCAUAUCCUGUCAUGGAUAAAAGCCUGGAAUAUUGGAGAGAGCAUGAUCUUGCUGGAAGAAUUGAAGCAGUUAAACCAAUGUUUGUGGAACCAAGAAACAAAGGAACCUUCACAGAGGUCAUAAAUGCCUAUUAUGAGAAGAUUGUCUGCCCCAAGUCGAAUGGUGCUGUUUUCUUGGCUGUGUGCCGGGGGAAGGCCAGCGAAGGUUUGGACUUCACGGAUAGGAAUGGUCGAGGUGUCAUCAUUACAGGCCUUCCUUUUCCCCCUCGCAUGGACCCAAAGGUCAUUUUAAAGAUGCAGUUCUUGGAUGAGAUGAGGUCAAAAGGUGCCGCUGGUGGACAGUAUUUAUCCGGGAACAACUGGUACAAACAACAGGCGUCUCGUGCAGUGAACCAGGCCAUUGGUAGAGUCAUCCGGCAUCGACAGGAUUACGGCGCCAUCUUCCUCUGUGACCACAGGUUCAUGAAUACGGAUGCAAUAGCCCAGUUGCCUUCCUGGGUCCGUCCUUACAUCAAGAUUUAUGAAAAAUUUGGGCAUGCUGUCAGAGAUGUGUCUCAGUUCUUCCGUUUUGCCCAGGAAACUGUGCCUCCUCCCCCACUUCGAGACCCCUCCUGCACCACCACUGGAGAAGAAGGCAGCCCUACAACUUCAGCUUCAUGUGCGAAGCUCCUUUCUGUGACCAAAGCCAGCAACACGGACAACCAUGUUCCUAGUUUGAAAAGGAAGAGGAUAGAUAAUGGAGUGGCCAGCCUGUGUGUAGAGUAUGACCAAAGGCCGUCCACCUCACAAAGACAACCUGGUAGCCUCUUGGCUGCACUGGAGUGCAAUGAAAAGAACUGCAGAGAGGCAGGUGAGGAAGACAGCUUGCCAGGAGAGGAACAGGCAAAACGUUUGUCAACUCUCUCCCUUCGAUACGAGAAGAAGCUCAUGGAUGAGCAGAAAGGAGGCAGGAAGAAAAUCAAGAUAGUCAGCAAUCCGCAGCCUGGCAAAGCCCAAGACCUCUCAGAGACUAAAACUGCCAGGGCUGCAGCUUUCAUUGCAACAGUGAAGCAGUCUUUGAGCCAGCUGAAUUUUAACACGUUCUCAAGGGCUCUGCAGCAGUACAAAACCACAAAUGACUUCAGUACUAUGUUGUGCCAGAUGAGCUCACUUUUCGUGGAAGACCAGAAAAAACAUGUCCUAUUGCGAGAAUUUUACCAGUUUGUUCGGCCGCAGCACAAAAAGCAGUUUGACGAAGCUUGCUGUUCCCUGACGGGAGUGGGCUGUGGCUACAAACCUGAGCACAGCCUGAAGCUGGAGGAGAGGCUGCGGCUGGCCAAGAACCCAGAGAAGAAAUGUGAUGAGAAAACCACAUUUUCGGAUGGUUCAACUGGGCAGCUGAACACUGAGCAGCAUUUGAAUAAAGGAGGUUCCCACCUAACUUUUGAGUCGGACGGUGCAGGAGGAAACAGUGCCUGUGUCACUGCUGAGCCCUCCAAAAAAGCGCCCAGCUCCCUAAAGGAGAGCCGUAACCAAAUAAUCCGAUCAGCCUACCUGAGUGACCUCAAGGUGGCUCUGGACCAAAGCAGCUUCAGCAGUUUCUUUUCAGCCCUGUCAGCAUACAAGAAGACUGAUGACUACGGUGCCAUGGUGUCUGUGGUUGCAGCCCUCACCACAGAGAAGCCAGAACAUUUCCAUCUGCUACAAAGGUUCUCCAUGUUUGUGCGUCCCCAUCACAAAAAACAGUUCAGACAGAUGUUUAAAGAGCUGACUGGAAUGAGCUGCCCUGAGGAGAGCGAGGAGGCUCUGUUACCAGCACAGGAGGAGGGCUCCCUUGGCUUGAGGGACUCAAACUGCACGGCGGAAGAGAGUAAAACUCAGGAUAAAGCUGCCAGCCCAAUCCCAGGUUCCUCCAAGAGUGAGAUGCUAGAGAAGAUCCUAAGUAAUGCCACCCCUAUAAGUAACUUGGAAUCACAGAACUCCAAGGGAGGUCCAAGCAGUGUCCGCACACCCAUGGAUUCUGACAGUGUGCCCAUCUCACCAUUAAGGGAAGGGUUCCAGUGUGGGAAAUGCAAAUCUGAGCAUAGUGUGCCUUUUAAAUGCCAGCUGUGCGACUUCACUUGUUGCAAAUUGUGCUGGGAGAGUCUCCUAAAGGGUGCCAAGAAGUGCCCGGAAUGCAAAGCUGAUACCAAGAAGAGACAUUUAUCUAUGAAUUAUUGGCCAGAUCCCCAGUGAGAGAGGUAUACAUUGAGGCAAAAAUAGCCCAGGACCAUGGAAAGGAAGCAAUGUGUACAUUUGUUUUAAGCAAGCUGCUCUUUGUUCUCUGGACUGAUGUUGCCACCUCAUGCCGCCACCCUCUUGCUGAAGUUCUUCCACCAGAAGAGAUUUUCAGCGCACAGCAGAAGCUUGGAGAAGCAGCAUUGUCUUCACGAUGACAGAUGGCAGCAGAAGGUGAAAGGACAGAGUGAUCUUUUAGAAUUACAGUUCCCCUGAUACUCUCAAACAUUCUAACACUUUUGCAGCUGUUGGGCUCUUAGAAUGACGUUUUUACACAAAAGCAUAAAAUCAUUUUUCUUAUAAGAGUCUCUUCAGUGAGGCAAGAUAAUUAUGGCUUGUCUCCCUGUGGACAGUUUGUGGCUUCCAUGCCUGCUUUGUAAAAGCAAUCACUUUGUAGGUGCUAAAAAAACUCUUUGAGGUGCUGGCAGGCCUUGUGAUCUGUUUGCCAGCUGCCUACCAAAAGAGUUCAGAGAAACUGACCAAAUGAAAACCUCAAAUUGAGGUGGGUUAUCUGCUCAUUAGAAAGGCUGUGCGUAUAGUCAGCUGUCAAUUUUGAUAGUUGAAGUCAGUGUAAUUAAGUCCUGAGCUGGUGCUCAGGCUAAUUAAAUAGAAAGCCUCUGAAUUUUGCUGCUUGUGCCUCGUGUCGGAAACUUCUGCUGAUAAGAAGGGAUUCUGCUCUACUCUGCUUUCUGAUGCUUCAGAAGGAUUUCUGCAACAACCAGUUGGUUCUGUUGCAAUAAAUAGAAAAUAAGUGGAACAAAUUUUAAGUACAUUAAGUGCUUUUAUAUUUUUAUAAACUGCAAGUAUUUUUGUGAAUUGAAAAAUUGCAUCAGUUUUCAGAAGUGGGAAAUAGUACGUGUUAAGCUAUGUCAAUAAAUAAAAAAUGCAUUCGCCGUGUGGCUUCAAUAUCAUCAGCAUUCCAGUUACAGAUAGGUAGCCGUGUUGGUCUGCCAUAGUCA